UGUGUGUGUGUGUGUGUGUGGGUGUAUGCAUGUUUGAGCGCUCACAGAUUCAGAGAGUGAGAGUCACAGAGCUGCUGCUGCUGAUGAAGAUGAAGGUGUGGGUGCUGCUCUUCGUUCUCUCCUCUGUCCUCUUUGUCUCCGCUGAUCUUCUACACGAGAGUACCCGAAUUAUUGGCUGUUCAGACCAUGAUGGAGAGGAUAUGUAUACACUGGAUGAUGAAGAGGCCUGGUAUGCUGACUUCAUCAACCACAGAGGAGUUGAUUCUCUUCCCGACUUUGUAAGUCAUCCAAGCUUUGAUGGACUGUAUGAUCUGGCUGUUAGUCAACAAGAGCUCUGCAAGUAUAACCUGGAAAAGAUGCGUCAGGGUAUGAAGGACAUCCCCACAGAACUCGAUGCUCCUUCCAGUCUGAUCAUCUACACUACACUAAAUGUGGAGCUCGGAGUCCAAAACACUCUGAUCUGUCAUGCGACUGGUUUCUAUCCCGCUCCCGUCAACGUCACCUGGACCAAGAACGAACAUCAGGUCACUGAAGGAACCACCAUCACUGUUCCCUUCCCCAACAAAGAUGGUUCCUUCAGACAGACGUCCAGACUGGACUUCAUUCCACAGCAGGGUGACAUCUACAGCUGCACCGUGGAACAUGUGGCCCUGACCCAACCAAUGACCAGGAUCUAUGAUGUUGAGAGUGCUGAGCCCAGUGUUGGACCUUCUGUGUUUUGUGGAUUGGGUCUGGCUAUUGGUCUGCUCGGAGUGGCUGCUGGAACCUUCUUCCUCAUCAAAGGAAAUGAGUGCAGCUGAUUGGCUGGAGCUGUUGUUUUAAUAAGUCAGGUUUAGUCUGUAAUUUGAUUACACAGAACCAGAAGUUGUACUAGUAAUGAAGGAAGACCCCAUUCUCUGAUAAACUGUUGCUUUUUAAUGAAUUUGUGUUUAUAAUAUAAGCGAAACAUCUGGAUAAAGACUUGUCACACAAAGCAGUGGCAGAUAUUCAGAAUGAUCUCAGACCUUUCAAUACACACGUAUAUGUUCAUGGGUACUUACUCUUCAAUUGUAGGGAACAUUUCUUUUCAGACUCUUCUUUUCUCACCAAUAAUAGCGUUGAAAAGUUGUAAUAAUCCUACAUAAUUUGUAGAAAGAAACAUUGUGCUGACACUUGAUCAUAAGAAAUGAGCACUUUCCCUUCAUUAGGAUGUUUCAGAUAUGAAAAAGUUUUGUUGUUUAAUGUGGCUUUUUUUUUUCCAUUAACAUGAUCAUCAAUGUCUGAAAGUGGAUAUUCAGAAGUCUGAACAUUUACUGAGGAAAAUUAAAAACAUUUAUUUCACGCUAAUUUAAUUUUCCCUUCUUAUUUGUCUGGUGUUGUGGAAACUAGUUUAAUGGUAUUUUUGUCUUGUUGAUCAGUUGCUCUUAUUAUGUUGCUUAUUGAGGAUGAGUCUCAUGUUUUUUUUUAAUGAUUAAACUGAAUCUGUCACAUUGA